UUGAAAAAAGUUAAUUCGUUGAUGAUCAGUGUUGUUAUUCAAUGUUAUAUUUAAUUAAAAAAUAAUUAUUACCUUAUAUAUAGAUUUUAGUACAAAUUGAAUAAAAUAGUAUGUAAUUUUUUAAUGUCAUGACACAUAUAAUUUGAAUGAUAUAAAAUAAUUUAAAUUUUUUAGAGUAGUGUUUUUUAAAUAAGUUGAUUCUGAAUGUUUUUAACUAUUUAUGUAAUAUGAGUAAAUCAAUUGAUAUUUGUAAAGCUUCUUUGGUCAGUUUGAAAGCUGAACUUUUGCGAAAACAAGAUGAAGCUAAUAAAGCUAAAAGCUUUUCUGGUGAUACAUUUAUUCGACCUAUACCUGGCGCUAAAACUCCUUCGUGUCUUCUACAAUCAAAUGAAGGUGUUCAAAAAAGAAAUGCUAAAGAUAUGGAACAAGAAUUUGAACCGAGUAUUGAUAACAGUUUAAAAAAAUCUAGGGAUAUUUUGGCUAUGAAAUCAUUACUUUACGAUAAAUUAGUUAGUGGUGAAAUGAUUCCUGAGCAAGAUAAAACAUUUCUAGUUAAUUUUAAACAAAAAGUCAAUGAUGUUGCUCUUAAAGAUUGUUCUACACUUGAAAAAAAAGAGAAAAUUUGUAAUUCUGAUGUUGAAUUAGAUAAAUUUGAUUUUGGUGAUGAUGACGAUUGGGUUGAUUAUACAGAUUUUUUUGGACGUACCAGACGUUGUUUAAAAGUAGACUUGGAAUUUUUUAAAAAAAGAGAUCAAAGGAUAGAAAAUGAAUUAGGGCCUCCUCCUAAUAACAUAAAAUCAAAUGAUAUUUCAAAAGAACAAAAGUUUGUGAAAGAAGGAAUGAGUUCAGUAAAUGAAUCUGAACUUAAUUUUUCAGACAUGCGUAGAGAACAAUUACGCUUGAAAUGGGAAGAAGAAGAACGUAAAUUAGCUGACAGAACUGAUAUUCAUUAUGAAGAUAUAAGAUUUGAUGAGGUCAGAGAACAUGGAGUUGGAUAUUAUGCUUUUUCAACAGACGAAAAAGAACGUCAUCGACAACAAGCUGAAUUAAAAAAGAUUCGCGAAGAAACUAAAGAAACGCAAAGUGCGGUACAGAAAUUGAAAGAAAAACGUGCAGCACAAAUGGCAGCACGACUUAAAGCUGUUAAACGACGUAAAAAAGAAAAACUUGGUCUUCCAUUAGACUCAAGUUCAGACGAAGAGCAAGUAUUGCCUCCUAAAAGCCCUUCUCCGGAAAUUAUUGAAGACAUUAAAGCACAACAGGCAUUUGAGAAGUUAAGAAAAGCUGCUCACGUUAGACCUUGGGAUUACGGAAAAGACGGAGUUCAAAAACCACUUAUGACUCAAGAUGAAUGGAAUGAAAAACAACGUAGUGAAAGGCGUACCGAAUUUUCUUGGGAUUAUUCUGAGACAUCAAAAUCAGUCAGUAAGAGUGAGCAUAGCUCCGACGAGGACGACAUGGUUGGUCCAUCUUUAGAUAUGUUCACAAAAUCAAAUAAUAUUGAGGAACAGUGUUCGGUUAAGGUUAAAAAUUAUAAUCAACCCAUUAAAAAUGAAUUAGAUGAUGAAUCAAAUACUACCAAAAGUAAAACGAUGAACAUAGAAAAUUAUUUGGAUAGUAUUCCUUUACCUUCAGAACCUAAAAUAGGAGCCGAAGUUGCUCCACCUCCUACUUAUGAAUAUUAUGGACCUAAUAUAAAAUGUCCUAAAUUUUCUACUCGAUCUAUAAAUAUGGAUGAAAUGAAAAAUUCUAUUUUAAUUGGUAUUGAAGUGAAAAAUAAUUGUAAAACAAAAAAAGUAAAAGGAAUUAUAGAUGAAAAUUCAGACUAAAAAUGUUGGAUAUUAUUAAAUUGUAUAUUAAAUAUAAAAUAUGUUUGUUAAUAAAUGUUAAAUUGUAUUGA